AUGGCCUCAUUGUUCCCUCACACCAAAGCUCAGAACUUUCACGUGCUCUCUUCCUCUUUCACCACUGCUCCUCCAUCCUUCCUCUUCUUCUUCUUCUUCUCCUUCUUUCUGCUGUCUCUGUAAAAGUCAGAGCAGUAAUCUUAUCAAUAUCUUUCUGGGUAAGUGUGAGGCUUCUUGGGUCGUUAAAAAGGCGUCCUAGAAUACUAUAACUGAGAGGUAGUUUAGUCUGUUGGUUGACUAUAGUAAUAGCAUUAUGGAGAAGGGAAACAGUCACAGUUACAAUAAGCAGCAAGCUGGAGCUCAUACUUCAUCAUCUUCUUCCUUUACCACAGACCUCUUUGGUCCAAAAGACCGCUCCAAAUCCUCAGCCUCGUCUGCAGGGCUCUUUGUAUCUGUAUUCGGGCCAUCAUCUAUGGGAAGGGAGAGCAGUCAGUCUGGGGUAAUAGAUUCAUCAAGAACCCAGAAUUCAGGUGGUCAAUACAGCAAUGCUAGAUAUGGAAAUCCAGAUCAUGAACAACGAGGCUGGGACAGCAAGGACAAGAAUUCGGUUUAUCACACCGAAUCAUCAGAACCGUGCUAUUUCAGCUCAUCAAUAUAUUAUGGUGGCCAAGAUAAUUAUCCACCACCCACUCAGACCACUAGCUCUCAGCAUACUUUCAAGAAAGACGGGGGAGAAGAUGACCAGAAUGGAAACAAUUCGAACUGUGCUUCUAGGGGAAACUGGUGGCAAGGCUCGCUAUAUUACUGAAGCCAAGAAUUUACAAGCAGGUCUUAACGGGAAUCACAUAACAGCAAGGGUUGUCAUAAUAAUCUCUCAUAGAACACCUUGUUUCCCUCUACUUUUUCAUGGUUUCAUACUCAUGUCAACUAGCUCGUUACUUGUAACACGAGUUCUUUUAAUCAGAAAGAACUCUACAUCUGGUUAUCUCGUCUAAUCUAACUUUCUUGUACUCCUAGUAAUUGUCCUCCUCAAAAUCACAGUCUAUUUCUCUGAUACAACAGCUAGUUUUAAAUCAAUAAUUGAAUAACAUUUUCAUAUUCUAGCCU